AUGGCAGGUGGGAAUCGCUUUGUUUUCAACCCGUUUCCGGACUUGAUGCUGACUCGAGAUGAUCGUGCACGACUCACUGAUGUUGCUAACAAACUUGUAAUGGCCAAGUUAUUGGAAUACCAGGAACAUCUCAAGAAUCACAAGCUCGUCGACCUGAGUCGCUGGAAUAAGUACAAGAAGGAUGGUAGCACUAUGAUGUACGUCGAACGGAAAAAAUCCAAUCCAGAGUCCAGAUUGCCGGCUUUGCUCAUGGUCGGUCCGUUACCGGGAUCUCUGGAAGAAAACAUGUUUGGAUUAGUAAGUCCGACAAUCGAGUCGAUGCGGAUUAAGUCGUCGUACCUGAAAGACUUUAAUGCCGCUGCAAUACUGGCAACAAUCAUGGAACCGACAGAGGAGGAGCCGUUUCGCUCAAUCGUGGUGAAGUGGAUAGAGAUUGACAUCCCUGGCGCGUCAAUCGGCAUUGUUCGUAACCGCGAUUAUAUCUACCUUGAGAGUACAGGUAUUAUGCAACUUGACAAUGGCGAUCGCGUGGGUUACCAUUUGAUGCAUUCGGUAAGCUUCGCACAGGCUCAAGACCUUCCGAACCGCGUACGCGGCAAUAUGUCGUUUUGCGGCAUAUUCCAUCAGGAGGCACCAGGUAAAACAGACUGUCGUGGCACGGGUAUCAUGGACCCUGGAGGUGACAUGAUCCAUAUCCUCGGCAUCAUGGGCAUGGCUCAAGCCACCAUGGCCGGGCUUAAAUACUCCUACUGCGGUCACAUGAAGAAACUCACGUGGCUUCUUGAACAAAAGCACGCUGAGGCAAGAGAACAAGACACACCAGCAUUUUCACCCGAAUGUGUAACGUGUAAAAAGGAGGUCAAAGGACGUUGGAUAGACGAGUAUGGAAAGUCUAACAACACAUGCAAUCUGUGCUUCGGGACUGUGUGCACGUCGUGCAAAAUUUUCAAGAAACUGAGCUUUAUUGCUUCCGACCUGAAGUUGGUGCAGCGCAAGAUCAAGUUUUGCACUCGGUGUCUAAUUGAAGCAAAUCGCAUGGACACAGUAGAGGCAGCACGCGUGCAGUUUGUGCACAAGCACGUAAUGACGCCUAGCAUCUAUGAUUAUUGGGAACGAUACUCAAACAAGAGUGCGCUUCUGGAUAGCACGAUGGACACGAAGAGAGGAUAG